AUGGUGUCCCGAAGAGACCGUGAGUACUUGGACUGGUAUUAUGCUCUUGAAGGCAAAGUCGGCCUGGACUAUCUUGAGAGCAUGCCAAAGCUACAACUACCCAGUAUCUGCGAUCGAUCUAACCUGAACCAACCAGACAUCCCAGUAUCCUCUGCCUACGACCACCGAAAUGAGAAGGCAACACGCAACGUACUCAUUCAUAUAAUGCCCGAAAUAAAAUUAUAUCACCUGGUUUACUUCAUAAUACACAUAAUAUUCAGUAUCAUCGAACGCUCAAUCCAGGCGUACUAUGCGGUCAUCGGCCACACUCUUUCUAUGAUCCACCGCGAUCACCGAACGCCUGAGCUCGUUCGCAAAGAUGUCUCGAAUUUGAGAAAGCUCCCACGGCACCUGAGCGUUAUCCUGACACAGGAUACCACAGACAAUGGUCUGGAAGUGCUGAUGGACGAAGUGGCUGCGCUUGCCGCCUGGAGUGCCAGUGCUGGGAUCACACAGUUAAGCGUGUAUGAGAAGACCGGAAUUCUUAAAUCCCACAUGUCAGCUAUGCAUUCCGUGAUCAAUGCUAAACUCGCCUCCUACUACCGCUCUUCUUCUCAGCAACAAAGCUUACUGCUCUUUGCACCCGAACACCCUGUCGAGGGCAGCGCAUCAAUCAACGAGUCAUCACUCAAAGUCCUCCUAUUGUCCUCUACUGAUGGACGUGAAUCAUUUGUGAAUGUGACCCAAAGCCUAGCUCAGAUGUUAACGAAUGGCCAACUGUCGCCCAAGGAUAUCACACAAGAAUUCGUUGACGCUCAGGUUAGCGGCAUGACAGUUAAGCCAUUACAAAGGUACUUGGACUUGGGGAUUGACAGAUUCAAAUCCGAACCCGAUCUUCUGUUGAUCUUCGGGCCAUGUCUUAAACUAGAUGGAUAUCCACCCUGGCAGAUCCGGCUUACGGAGAUUUUCUGCACCGGAGAACAGAGUCAUGGACUGUAUAGAUAUGGGGGAGCUGUGGAGUACCAGGGUUUUCUACGGGGAUUGAGGAAAUAUGCUGGCGCGGAAAUGCGGGUCGGACGGUAA